UGUUUAACCUAGUUGAGAACAGUUCAAGCUUCCCAUUGCGGGCAAGAUGGCGUCGCUACCGCCUACCGACUCAGGGCCGCCCGUGAGUGCACGUGACGCGUCCUACUGGCUGGCGGUCGCGUGCACUCCCUCCUCCUCUCGCUCAGGCGCCGUCUCGAGCGUCUCUGUGACCUCCUCCACGCGUAGUCUGGACGCCAGCAGCUUCCUCUUGAGUCUCCGCAGUAACAGCAACAGCAGCAUCCUGGACAGCAACAAGAGCCUCUUGGAGCUACGUGGCCACACGCUUCUCCCCCAACAGGAGUCUCUGGACAUCCCUCCGCCCUCGUCACUCUACGACAGCAGCUUCUACGCCCCCACACGGCUCGCAGUCCCCAAAAAGCCCAAUAAGAAGCAGAAUCAGCGCACCAGCAGUCGCGCAGAGAGAAAAAAGCCCGUGAUCGUGGCCGAAGAAGUGUACGAACACCAACGCUAUCAAAUGGUGCUGGGGUGGGGCUCUAAAGGCCAUUUACUGCCUCUAGAUCCCGAUAAAUACAUGCGAGUAGUGCGUCAUUCCAUAACGAGACGAAGACGACGCUCACACAGCAGAGAAGAAGAGGAAGACGUGUUGCUGGAGUGGUUCCCGUCCUCCACAUUCCCAGAUAUCUCACUUCCUGAGCCUCCAUCGGCUGAUAAACCUGGUGUUACCUCUACUAAACAGCGUAGCAGAUCCGCUACAAGUGCUUCGAGAGCUUCCACGGCCGCUCGACAGCUUGCAGCUCAUAACACUGCGAAUUCCGUCUCUGGGAGCUCCUUAACGGGCCCCAGAUGGGAGUGGGUGAGUCCCUGGCAUCUGGAAAUCCCCGUAAACAGCCCAAAAAAUGCAGUCGACGGCUGGCAAUACGCAUCCAGCUUCUCCCAUUUCACUCCUCGACCAUCACUCCGCUCAAGAGGUAGAUCUAUUGACUCAUUGAGUCAAUCUCCGUCCCAAACAGGUGGAGAAAUACCGUCUUCAGCCCCUGCCAGCUCUUCAGGUAAAAGACUGCGAGUCCGUCGACGGAAAUGGGUACGUUAUCGACGUUUACGUUCGGGUCGUAGUAGUUUAUCCAGUAGUACGUCCUCAAGUGCCUUCGAUGACGCCUUCCUGGACUCUAUGAGCGGCUGGCUACGUAAACGCGGACACGUUCGUAAGAACUGGAAAGCGCGCUACUUCGUGCUGGAAAAAUCGGUAUUGCGGUACUACGCUGACUCCUCCUGUACGAAACUUAAAGGCGAAGUGCUGCUAUUCCAUCCACAGACUCGAGUUCACUAUGUGGAUGUGCAUGUGGCUGGUGGUCGUGAUGCCAGCUUUGCCAUUCAAGUGGGUCCAGACUAUACUUUGCUUUUGCAGGCGGCUCAACUGCGUGAUAGAGAGAACUGGAUGUACUGUAUUGAAGACGCUCUGCUGUGUCGAGACUCGUAUCACCCACAGGGAAGACCAGGCCCGUACUUUGACUUACGCGAGAGUGUAGCUCAACGUCGACUGCUCAGUGCAGAGGCGUUGGCGCUUGAUGGCAGUUCUUUUCGUGAUAAUUUGGGUGCAAUCAGUCACGCUCAUGGAGGUGCAGUUACUGAUGAGUUAAGCGACGAAGAAGACGACUUGAGCGCGUCUCGAGGUAGUGGUGAUGUGCUGCGAUUAUGGGCUUCGCUACAUGCAAAGCCAGGUGGAGUGUUGAGUGCUGUGAGCUCUGCGUCCCCGACGUUGCGUUCGUUAUUACGCACUUGUGAUCAGUACCUUGCGAGUUUCACUAUGCGGCAACAUAUAGCCAGCUUCUUGUUAACGUUUCGUCAGAAAUAUGAACACCCGGCCGCUUCUUCGGUAGCGGCGAUAGGUACGUCAGCCUGGACGCGGCUAUCGGAGCCGUGGGCGCCCGGACUGAGUGGAAACGAGUCAGACAGCGACCAGGAACUUCGAGAGGGAUCAUUGGGUGCAACACCGCAAGAACUCCAUAACGUCACGACUCUGCAGGACGCUCGCAGUCUUCUGGCAUUAAAGAACUAUCGAUUCUUCUUGGAACGAUCACUGGAGCUCAUUAUGGAGCAUCUUAACACCGUGGCGGACCCGAACACGCCUCGACAACUGGGAGACUCUGCUAUGAAUGGGAAGCGAGCACCUACAGACGAUGAGUGGGCGCUAGCUCGACGUGCAGCGCUGUACAAACUGGAGCGACGGACAUUCAUCCCUUUGCAGGAGAUUAUUUACCAGCUAUUGGGGGCUGCACAAGGCCAAAGACAGGAAGAAGAGGAACGUUUUGAACGCCUUCGAGCACUCGUAGCUGCGCAGCCGCAGAGUUUUCUUGAGAUCCAGCCAUCACAUCAGUCUCCGACUGAGUGGAAGUCUGCUGUGUCUUUACUUAACGCGAUGGAUAAUUAUUCGCUGCCGUCAGAGAAGGCCGCAGUCCUCGUGGAAGUGGCUCGCUGUAUUUACGAGACCCACGCGAGAGAACAUGGCUUCAAAGCUGACAGGAAGGGGAAGUCUGUGCAGCCGACGCCGAUGGCUGCAGACGAUUUCCUGCCGAUUUUUAUAUUUGUAUUGGCACGCUGUAAACUGCGAAGUGUAAUCGUGGCUCGUCAUUUGAUCAGCGAGACGAUGAUUACCGCGUUGAUGAUUGGAGAGACUGGAUAUUAUGCUACGAUGCUGGAGGCUGCAAUUGGCUACAUUGCCGCUUUUGACGGAGCUGCAAAGACAAAUGAGAUGGCUACGCGAAAUAGUGGCAGUGGCAGUACGGCAUUCAGCAGCUUCUAAAGAGGAAGUCAUCACCACGAUACGUUAAGAUAAAGUAGCGCGGGAUGAAUCACCACUACGCGUUAUUGUCUACAGUAGGACGUACCGUGAGAGCCGUCACUAGUCUAUCAAACGGCAGGGUUAAGUACAUGUAACAUUCAUCACCCGCAGCUUCCAGUAGGCUACAUCCAGCAGUAGAUCCCCCUCAAAAGUGGACAGCCGCGGACAUCCAGCCAGCCCUGACCAGAUAUUCCAAUAGUUCGGGACAACGAGUAUCGCAUUCAUCUCUUCUUGUUUGCUUGCUGGUUGGUGCAACAGCGUCCAACACGCCCGAUGUGCACGCAGUGCAAUAAACACGCACUCGCGAUCUUUCUUACGACGUUUCGACCUGUCUCUGAUCCCAUAAUACCGGUAACAAACUGACGACCACCGACACAUGGCUACAAACUUGAUCGCCGCCGACACAAGGAUCACGUUCGCUUCGCCUGCUGUCGAGUAGCAAUCUGCGAGGUCCUGCUGGUGCACCAGUUGCAAGUCGCAGCGCAGAUGGCUCUCGCAGCGUGAAAUUCCAUGCGGCCGGGAUCGGGUAAACGCAGUGUACAUAUUCCGGUACCCGAUGCAGUUUGAAGUGCAAGACCAGAGAAGGACCCUCUGUCAGACAGGCUGUUUUAUUCGCAGUAAACAGCCAGGUACAUAUUCCAGAACACGACGCACUUGAAUUCCUACCCG